AUGAGCACACAGAUCGAAGAAAUGCAGCACUUAGGCACGGAAGGACACGAAAAUAACGGUAUCGCGUCGCGGAAAACCAUCUCUUUCUUCAAUCAACGCGGAGUCAUGGUCGGAGGCAAACAUGCAAAUAAGAACCUGUGGCUUGCAUUUCGUCUGCAGGGAGGCGGCCGAGAGAACCGAUCGUGCUCACGAACGAGGUCGCUUAGAGUCAAGGUUGUCUAG